AUGAUUCAUAUUGGUAGAGAAGCGUUCGAAAUGUCAACUUUACUAGAGAGGACUAACAGCGUCCAAGAAUUAAAGAAGAGAGCUGCAGGGAACACAUCCGCAAAUCCCGCAGAAGUCGCAGAAGCAAAGAAAGUGCUAAAGAGAGUCUACAGUUGGGACGAAAUUCCAGAAUGGCAAAGGGAUAAUGACUUUAUUUUGCAUGGGUACGUGAAGGAAACUAGUAGUUUUGUUGAUACUUUCAAAAGUUUAUUCUACAUGCAUAAUGAAAGUGUCAAUAUUUAUUCACAUUUAAUCCCCGCAGUCGGGUUUCUCACAGUUCUGUUGCUAGAUAAAACGACUAUUACAGUGUUUGAGACUACCACAUGGCUUGAUCAUAUGAUGAUUGACCUAUUUUUUUCGGGGGCAUUUGCAUGUUUGAUACUGAGUAGUUCCUUUCACUGUUUCAAGAGCCAUUCCUUGAGAAUUGCUACUUUGGGUAAUAAGCUGGACUAUCUCGGUAUUUGCAUAUUGAUUGUAACAUCCAUGGUCAGCAUUUUAUAUUACGGUUACUACGAUAAAUUCCCCGUAUUCUGUUUAUUUGCGCUUAUUACUCUCAGCUUUGGUGUUGCAUGUAGUGUAGUUUCUUUGAAAGAUAAGUUUAGGAAAAGAGAAUGGAGACCUUAUAGAGCCGGACUAUUUGUUUGCUUCGGAUUAUCUUCGAUUGUUCCGAUUUUUAGUGGCCUUUACUAUUAUAGUUUUUCAGAAAUCUGGAAUCAAAUUCAACUAUUUUGGGUGCUGCUUGGAGGUGGUUUAUAUAUAAUCGGUGCCGUCCUUUAUGGGAUGCGGUUCCCCGAGAAGGUUUAUCCUGGCAGAUUUGAUAUCUGGGGACAUUCUCAUCAACUCUUCCAUUUUUUGGUUGUUAUCGCAGCCUUAUGUCACAUGAGAGGUGUGUUGAAUAGUUAUGAGUUAGUCCAUAUAAAGAUGCAAAAUGGAAUUGUCUCAUAG